CCCAUAACUCUGUGCAGUUGUCGCAAAACAGAAAAUUGCGACAACUGCACAUGCUCUGCUCCACCGCUCUCAUUCUGAAGAGAAGAUGGCACCCCAGUGAACUCCUCUGGACAGAAUCUGCACUGCGGGAGACUGAGCUAAAAAUGUUUCCCAGCAGAAUAGGAGCACGUGACGCAUCUCAGCUCAGGUAACUUUUGGUCCGGCAUCCACCACCAGUAGUAGGACGGUGCAUAUGGUAAGAUAGGCACCCAAUCAAUCUCCGCCUGGUUUAGGAACUAUUCAUACAUUCAGUGGCAGUACACUAGUUCGCCUGCAGGUGUGCUGUAAAGACACCGGAGAUUGGUGGGGACGUGAAAUCCGAGAGGAAUGCAAUGGUACGUCACCGGCAUAUUGACGUCACGUACGCGGAAGACGGAGCAAGGCCGGAAGCCGCGGCAGGGAACGUAGGAGCAAGAGCCGGGUCCUGUCAGCAGCUGUGACAACCAGUUUGCAAACACACCGGAAGGGUACAGGCCCUCCUCUCUCUCCGUGACAUGUCACUGCUGCAGUCCGCAUUGGAUUUUCUAGCAGGUCCGGGGUCUCUCGGUGGUGCAGGACGGGACCAACAUGAUUUCGUGGGACAGACGGUUGAGAUGGGAGAUAUGAAGAUGCGGGUCAAGCGAGUUAUCGCUGAGGGUGGUUUUGCAUUUGUGUAUGAAGCCCAAGAUUUAGGAAGUGGGAAAGACUAUGCACUCAAGAGAUUGCUGUCCAAUGAAGAAGAGAAAAACAAGUCCAUUAUUCAAGAGAUCUGUUUCAUGAAAAAACUAUCUGGCCAUCCCAACAUAGUUCAGUUCUGUUCUGCGGCAUCAAUUGGAAAAGAAGAAUCGGACACAGGCCAAGGGGAAUUUCUCCUCCUUACAGAACUGUGUAGUGGUCAGCUUGUGGAAUUCCUAAAUAAGGCUGAAUGUAAAGGUCCACUGUCCUGCGACACAGUUCUGAAAAUUUUUUACCAAACAUGCCGGGCAGUUCAGCAUAUGCAUAACCAAAAACCACCAAUAAUCCAUAGAGACCUCAAGGUAGAAAACUUACUUGUUAGUAAUCAAGGCACUGUUAAAUUAUGCGAUUUUGGCAGUUCAACUACUAUUGCCCAUUAUCCCGAUUAUAAUUGGACGGCCCAACAGAGAGCAAUAGUUGAAGAUGAAGUUACAAGAAAUACAACUCCAAUGUAUAGAACCCCAGAAAUAAUAGACCUAUAUUCUAACUUUCCCAUUGGAGAGAAGCAAGAUAUAUGGGCACUUGGCUGUAUAUUGUACUUACUGUGCUUUAAACAGCAUCCCUUUGAAGAUGGAGCUAAACUUCGCAUAGUGAAUGGAAAAUUUUCAAUUCCACAAAAUGAUACCAAAUACCCUGUGUUUCAUGGCCUUAUUAAUUCCAUGAUAAAGGUCAAUCCAGAGGAAAGGCUAUCUAUUGCAGAAGUUGUUGGUCAGCUGCAAGAAAUUGCUGCAGCUAGGAAUGUCAACCCUAAAUCUCCUAUUACUGAGCUGUUGGAGCAAAAUGGUGGUUAUGGGAAUACCGUGAUACAAAGGUCAUCUGCUCCACAAAACUCCAAGCCUCUAGCACCUUCUGGCCUGACACUUACUGAUGACGAUCAGACAUCUGGGGGUUUCUUUGACAUCCUAAAAGGAGGAACUGAACGGUUCUUAAGUAACAUUAAGGAUACAUCUUCAAAAGUUAUCCAGUCUGUGACCAAUUAUGCAAAAGGAGAUUUGGAUUUAUCAUACAUAACAUCAAGGAUUGCUGUUAUGUCAUUUCCAGCAGAAGGAGUGGAAUCUGCCAUAAAAAAUAAUAUUGAGGAUGUGCGACUAUUUUUGGACUCAAAACAUCCAGGACAUUAUGCAGUAUAUAACCUGUGUUUGAGGAAAUAUAGGCCUUCAAAAUUUCAUAACAGGGUUUCGGAAUGUGGCUGGGCUGGAAGACGUGCUCCAAAUCUUAUAAAUCUUUACAGCAUGUGCAAAAAUAUGCAUUUGUGGUUGAAACAAGAUCCGAAGAAUGUCUGCAUUGUCCACUGCAUAGAUGGAAGAGCCGCAUCAGCAGUUGUGUUGUGUUCCUUUCUUUGUUUCUGCCGUCUGUUUACCACUGCUGAAGCUGCAGUUUAUAUGUUCAGCAUGAAACGCUGCCCUCCUGGUAUAUGGCCUUCUCACAAAAGGUACAUAGAGUACAUGUGUGACAUGAUGGCAGAAGAGCCAAUCAUUCCUCAUAGUAAGCCUAUCACUAUUAGGGCUAUAACCAUGACACCAGUACCUCUAUUUAGCAAACAACGCAAUGGUUGCAAACCCUUUUGUGAAGUUUAUGUGGGGGAUGAAAGAGUAGCAACAACAUCUCAAGAAUAUGAUAAAAUGAGAGAAUUUAAAAAUGAAGAUUGCAAAGCUGAAAUUCCAUUAAACAUCACUGUGCAAGGAGAUGUCCUGAUUAUUAUCUAUCAUGCCAGGUCUACACUUGGUGGCAGAUUGCAAGCAAAGAUGACCUCAAUGAAGAUGUUCCAGAUUCAGUUCCAUACAGGGUUUGUGCCACGAAAUGCUACAACAGUAAAAUUUGCAAAGUAUGAUCUAGAUGCCUGUGACAUCCAAGAAAAAUAUCCUGAUCUUUUCCAAGUAAACCUUGAGGUUGAGGUUUCUCCUCGUGAUAAACCAGCAGCCAGCAGCCCUCCAUGGGAGAACCUGAACACAAAGCGAUUAAACCCCAAGAUCCUUUUUUCCAGCAGAGAGGAACAACAGGAAAUGCUAACCAAAUUCGGCAAACCUGAACUACCCAGGCAACCAGGAUCAACAGCACAAUAUGAAGGAGACAUAAGCAUUGGGAAGCCUUCCCCAGACCUGUCAGACUCUGACACGCCCCAGAAAAAUAACUUUUUCCAAACACUUGACUGGCAAGAUCAAACGGGUGUAAGAAAUGCUCAAAUCGGUAGCCAAGAAUAUGUGGCUAAAGAAGACAAUGAAAAUGAAUACUUAAGUGACUCAAAAAGUGAGCCAUCUGAUGAAGAAUUUUACACAUUUUCUCAAGAAAACCGGGGAGUAAGAUGUGAAGAAAAUGAGCCUGAUGUCAGAACAGAUGAUUAUGUAAACAGAGAGGUUUUGUUUGAGGCCAAUAAGGACACUCAAUCUACAGAACAGGUACCUCCUGUUGAAGGGGAAGUUGAUUUACUUGGACUUAAUCCAGCACCAAAUCAAGUAGGAACUAAUACUGUGGCCUCCGAAAUGAAGAAUUCCUCUAGUAAUGUGGCACUAUUAGAUGAUCUUUUUUCAGAUAGCUUGCCAGGCACUGUAAAAACAGACUUUAUAGGACAAGACUUGCUAGGAAACAGAGAGGACUUCUUCUUCAGUGGACCUCCUCAAACCUCCGUAGAAUCAUCAAGCAACUCCUUUGACAUUCCACUUUCUUCUUCUGAUCCUUUUGACCCAUUUGCAAUGUCUAUGUCAGAAAAUAAAUCAAGUGGCCCUGAUCUCUUUGAAGGACUCGUUGGGCCAAACUCUGCAUCAACUCCAAAUGUAUAUCCUUUAGCACAAAAUGCUGCACCUCCUACCUCAAAUAUUGAUUUCCUAAACCUGGAUAAUCUACCAACACGUCAAUCAAAAAUUGUUUCCUCUGCAAGCAAUCCAGAUCUUUUAGGUGGUUGGUCUUCAUGGGAAGAAACAACUACGAGUAACAAUGUUUUUCUUCCAAAACCUAAUAAACCAGCUUUUGAAGGGCCAGCAUUUUCUACUACCAGUCACUUAAGCACAUCUUCAAGUUCAUCUUCCAGCCAGACAAAGUCUUCAAGUUUUGACCCUUUUGCUGAUCUUGAUAAUCUCAGUUCAUCCCUGCAAGGCAUAUCGCAAUUCCCUUCUCAAUCCACUGAAAAAUCUGCACAGAAAGUCAAUAAUUCGUGGCACCCAGUAAAACAACCUGCUAAACCACAGACUAGUGGUAACCCAUGGCAGUCACAAGCUAAGCCUGCUACACAGUCAAAGCCUAACUACAAUACAAACUUUAGUGUAAUUGGAGGAAGAGAAGAAAGAGGUAUCAGAGCUCCAGGUUUUGGACUGAAGCCAAAGGUUUCUAAAAGUGAUUUUGGGGAUUUGUUAUCUAAUCAUGGAUUUUCAGCAAAAACUGAUAAGAAAGGGCCAAGAACCAUUGCAGAAAUGAGAAGACAAGAGCUGACAAAAGACAUAGAUCCUCUGAAAUUAAAGAUUUUAGAUUGGAUUGAAGGCAAAGAAAGAAAUAUAAGGGCACUGAUAUCCACACUUCACACUGUUUUAUGGGAAGGAGAAACAAAAUGGAAGCCUGUCAACAUGGCUGAAUUGGUCACUCCUGAUCAAGUAAAAAAAUAUUACCGGAAAGCAGUGCUUGUGGUGCAUCCAGACAAGGCUACUGGGCAGCCUUAUGAACAAUAUGCCAAAACGAUCUUCAUGGAGCUAAAUGAUGCCUGGUCAGAAUUUGAAAAUCAAGGAUCAAGAUCCCUUUAUUAGAAGCAUAAGAUCUACAUCUUCUUUGGUGUAACUGGCUGUUAGCCUGUCAUCAUAUGAGCCCACCUCCAAUGUUCAAUCUGCAAGAAAACAGACCAAUUUUGAGAAUUCUUUUACUUUAAUAGCAACUGACAUACAUUUACUUUUGUUACUUUUUUUUGAUUAGUGCAUUCCAGACUUGAUGGCAUUCUCUACCAUGCUAAACUCCCUUUCAGCAAACUACUUAGUGCAUGCUACACUCCAGGAGCACUGCUUACAAGCACAAAAUAGUUGCAGAUUUAGUCUGAUAGAGAACAAACUAUUGAAAUACAUAGGUGCAAACUAAAAUAUUUUGUCCAGACAGAAUCUGAUCUUCCUUGAAAAGGAAUAGAUGCUUUGAGGGACAUAAACACAAAUAUGCCAAUAUAAGACCAGUUAUUUUGAAAAUAAAAAGCACCCUGUCUACAGUUAUAUAUUCUAACAUAAAUACAAUCUACUGGGCAUGUAUUCAAAAGCUCCCAAAAGUCACUCUUUUUUUUCUUUACUUUUGUAUACAAUUUCUCAGUUUGAGAGGAACUUUGAGAUGAAUACUCACCCUUGAUUUGAGCAAAUCAUUUUCCCCACACCUCCCUAGCAGGCUGGAACCUUUUUUGUGUUCCAAGACCUUAUUCAGUUGGUUGUAAUGGGAUUCUGGGAUUUGCAGCCCCAGCCUUCCUUCCUUCCCAGAUCUCUCACUGAUCUUAACUUGGCAGCUUCAUCCAGAGCUGGUUCAAACAAUGCUUGUGCAAACCUUUUAAUUGUUUUGUACAUUUGGUUGAUUUAUUUCCUUUGGCAAAGCCUUCUACACAGAAAUAAAACUGCCGGCUACGGAAGGGUUUAGGAAGCAAGUAGAAUAGGAUGAGCCUCUGUAUAAAGCCAUGGCACAGAUUUCAAGCUGUUCGUAAGAAAUUUAGGAGGGGAGGCAGGUGGAAUGGGACAAACACUGCUCUGUCACUGGCUGAUGCUGAGGAAUGCAAGUCCCAUAAUUCAUUGGGGUCUAGUGGUUUCCUCAGGUAAGAAGACUGAAGAGUCAUGCAUGCUAUGCACAAAAAACUUUUUUUUCAGUCAUGGAGGAAGCUUCUACACCAGCUUAACAUUAGCUCAGUUGAUUGAACUAAUAUAGUAGUCCUCUUUUAACCUCACAUCACAGAUAGAUUGGAAAAUCUCCCCUGCAGCGGGCGAAUCUCCCCAAAUAGGCAAGUCUUUGGAAAGACAAUGCACACCUGUUCAGUGUUCUUCUUUGCACCUAGCAGCUGCCCUCAGUACAUGUACCAAAAUAGCCAUUAAUGUACCAUUAAUGUCUCCUUGCAACAUUUUAUAAGGCUAUGGUUUUCGAGUCGGUUUGCUCUUAUUUGAGAAGGUUUUUUAAGAAUAAAUCUGUUUACAAAUUUAACUGUAGAAGAUUCCUUAUAUUAUUAUGUUGUAAUCUAUUUUAAACAAAUGUGAUGUUUUCUGCCUAAAGGCAUAGGGACAAUUUUUGCUUGCACUCCUGACUUUCAAAAACUACUGCUGUAUAUUUCUGUAUUGUACAAGACACCCCUGAAAGUAUGGAAAUCAGAUUCUUUCUUCCAGUAGCCUACAGUAAGUACAUCAUUACACGCAAUAUCAUGUUUUAAGUGAUGUAUGGAAACCCACUUUGGGCAUUGUUAGCUGUGAAUGGGGCAUAUAUAGAUUCUGUUGUUAACCAGCAGCUGCAUUUGAAGAGGAGUUUCACCUAAAAAUCCACUAUUAGUAUGUUGCACUAUAUUAGCAGUUAGUCAUUAUGUUUGUGUGUGUAUAUUUAGCUAAUAAGUCUCUUUCUAACUUGGAAUUUACAGUGCUAUAGGGGUUUUUUUUUAGUUACUGACCCAGGGAAAAAGCAAUAGUUCUAAUACCAGAGUUUUGUUUCCGUGUGUUUCAUUCUAGUUGCUUACUCUCAAAGGUUAUUGAAUAUUAGAUAAAGAAUAGCUAACCAUGUACUUACAUUCCCACCCCCCAACAUAUACAAAAUGGUACUUUUCAGGUGAACUUUCUCUGUGUUUUAGCAAACUGUAUAUAACAUCUUGUUGCGCUGGCUCAAUGCAAAAGCCCCUUGCUUUGUAACUGGUAAAAUAUCAUAAUAAGUACUGAUUUACUUGAUACUUUAUUUUCUAUAAUUGAUUGUAGAUGUACAUUUUUUCAGUUAUGUAUACAAUCAUUUUCAUUGCAUUAUGUACAUAAUUAAACUCUUUUCUUCUA